AUGGAGAAAAAACAUCCAGCCAUCGCAGGAAAAGAGAAAGGACCGGGACCGGGUCGCUACGCUCUUCCUCCAACCAUUGGGUUCAUGGGUCACGACUUCACCAAGCCAGCCAGCCCGGCAUACACCUUCCAUGGCCGGAUGAACCACCACCUGUCCUCCGUCCACUCGAACCCGGGACCGCAGUACUGCAUCGAUGCCCGAGUCACCCGCUUCGGCCGGGACGGCACGCCCGCCUACUCCAUGCUGGGCCGGGAGAGGCGCCCCGUGCGGAUUUUCCAGACUCCUGGGCCGGGUGCCUACAACCCAGAGACAGCCCCCCCGCUGAACAGGCAGAGAAGACCCCCGUCCUACACCAUGGGCUUUCGAAAUCGCUACCGUCCCGUGGACACCGUGCCCCCUCCGAACAAAUACACGCUCCCUGCCAUCAUGGGCUCCCAGGUGCCCACGAAGCCAUCCAGCGCCAGCUACACCUUCGCAGGGCGGUGCAGGUCAGGGGGCCCGGCGGAAGACCUGUCCCAAACUCCAGGCCCGGGCCGGUACGACAGCACGGACCCCAGCGUCUACCUGUCCAGACGGCCCGCGUUCUCGAUGCUCGGCCGACACAGUGUCCCCAUCGACGGCACUCAGAAGCCCGGUCCUGGCACUCACAACCCGGAGAAGGUGACCCUGCACAAGCCCCGACCACCUGCCUUCACGCUGGGGAUCCGGCACUCGGAGUUUGUCACCCCACUAGUGACGGACACGUCAGGCUGA